CGUGUGUCUCACCCCGUCUUUCUCAUCCCGAUCUCUGGACCACGCUCACAAAUACCUACGUCUGCAUUUCCAACGUGGCCGUCGGUGUCACCAUCUGCAUGCUUCCAUCCCGUGCAUACCGCAGCCUCGAGCAAGAGGAAAAAAAACACUCCGGGAUUCAGCUGGAGAGCAAGCCACGAGCUAAGGCAGCCAGGGCUUCAUCGUCGUGCCUUUGGGCUUGUCACUACCUUGCAAUUCAGAGUCAUCGGCCCUAUUAGCACAUCAACUUUUACGAACUCUCCGUCACCUACAUAUAAGCCUCCCGAAAGCCGCACUCCCAGCAGUCUGGGAAGUUCUGAGUAAUCAGAACAAUUCAAUCAUCAGAUAUUGUCAGGCAGCCACGACAACGCCUCUCCAGUCCCCUGUCACAUUUGUCAUAUCAAAUCAUGCCCCAGAGUAGUAGCCCGUCCAAGUCGGCGGCCGGUGUCGUGAAGCAUCGCGCGUGUGAUGAGUGUCGCUCACGAAAGCUGGCUUGUACCAAGGAACCUGAAGGGUGCUCGAGAUGUCGGCGGGAGGGCCUUAGGUGUGUCUACUCGGCUCAGAAGCAGAUGGGCCGGCCAAGGAAGCGUAGACACGUCGAGGAGGCCGAAGGACAAUCCUCCCCCGACAAGCCCGAGAACCAAGACCAGCAGACGCAGAUGCCACUCAUGACGCAGCCGACGUUAGACACCGACUUCUCGGCCUUCUUCACCCAAGACUACUCUAGCAUGAACUACCUUGACCUCCUCUCCCCCUUGGAAGGCUUGCCGCCUUCGACGCUGCCGCCCGAGCUGUCGAGCUUGACCAUGGCAUACACCGAGCCGCGGUUCCCCAACGGAGACUUCCAGUUUGGGGUUGCGGGUGUUGACCUGUUAGGUGGCAUCAACUUUGACGAAAGUGACUCUGCUGACGAGGGUUUACCUCAAGAUAUCAAUAAAAGCCUUACAGAACUGCUCUCGGCGCAAGUGCCCGAGACGGUUCCCAGUCUCUCCCCUCCUACGGCAUCAGAGACAUCAUCACAUACUGCCACCGCAAACACGCCAGAAUCAUCUACAUCUGGCAACACCAGAAAUGAGGAUGGGACUAGCAAAGAGGUGGACGGGGCACCUAAAGCAUACAGCAACACCACUUGUUCCUGUCUAUCUCAGAUCUUCCUUUCCCUGGAUGCCUUAUCGAGACUGCCAAACGAUGUCAAGAUUGCAAUGGGUAUAGCCAGAUCCGCCGCCAGGGUGGCCCACGACGUUAUCCAUUGCCCAUCCUGCAGCCUCACAGACAUAACGAAGCCGCCUCCAAUGCAGGCAUUCCAAAACAUGAUGAUGCUGGGCGCCAUCCUCCCGUCCACAGCCAACGCCUACGCCAAGAUUCUCGAGCUCAUCGACAACGAAGCCUCACAGGCCAGGAAAGAGAAGAGGAACAUCACGUUCCGCUUCGCCGAGUACGGCGGGCUGUGGGGCGAGUUGAGCAGACGGGACACCGACUGCGGCGCGAUAGAAACGUUUGACAACCGAGAGAUGGAUCCGGACAGCUGGAGGCUAUCCGUCAGGGGCCUGCUGAAAAUCGACAUUUACGGACACGAUUUUCAGAGGUCAGAUGGGGCGGGAUCUACGGUACCCUAUCAUCACCUCGGUUUGAAGGACGUCAUCAAGCAGAUGGAGGAUCGGUCGAACAACCGACACGAUAAGCUCGAUGAGAUGGUCGCGGCCGGGCUUCCCCAUCCGAUGCUGCACUCAGAUCAUCACCUGAUGGUUCCGCAGGGCAAGGACGAUAGCAAGGAGAACCGGCACUGCCUGAAGAUUAUUGAGAUUGCGCGUGUUGCUUUGGACAAGCUGGUGAUAGCUUGAGGGCUGAUGAUCACGCUCUUUUUCCUUUUUCGAUUAUUUGUUUUUAGAUGGGUUGUACUUUCACUGGGCUCACUACAGGCUGAAAGGUAUUACGAUGGCGACAUGUUGACUACCGCGAGGUAUUUGGGCGCAUAGGAUGCAAAAAGCGAAUUUGGAACGGGGACUUGGCAAUGUUAGACUCUCGCCUACCGUAAUAAUACCAUGAAAAGAAAGACAAUCUUUUGACUUUCAGCGGCCAGAACAUGGUCGAAAAAGUCGAAGAUUGAAACAUUCCAC